AUGACCAAUCAGAUGGAAAUUGAGGUUGCCGACCAGAAGCUCAAGAGCAUGGAUCACGCCGAGCAGCACUACUUCAACAGCUACAACCACCACGGCAUCCACGAGGAGAUGUUGAAGGACGAGGUUCGCACCAAGUCGUACAUGCACUCUAUCGUCCAGAACAAGCACCUCUUUAAGGACAAGAUCGUUCUCGAUGUCGGCUGUGGUACCGGUAUCCUCUCCAUGUUUGCCGCUAAUGCCGGCGCCAAGCACGUUUUUGGUGUUGACAUGUCCACUAUCAUCUUCAAGGCCCGCGAGAUCGUCGAGGUCAACGGCCUCUCCGACAAGAUUACCCUGAUCCAGGGCAAGAUGGAGGAGAUCAAGCUCCCCGUCGGAGAGGUCGAUAUCAUUAUCUCCGAGUGGAUGGGCUACUUCCUUCUCUACGAGUCCAUGUUGGACACCGUCCUCUACGCCCGUGACAAUUACCUGGUUAAAGGCGGUCUAAUCUUCCCCAACAAGGCUACCAUCUGGGUUGCCGGUAUCGAGGACGGUGACUACAAGGAUGAGAAGAUUGGCUGUAUCCCCCUUAAGGAGACUGCUCUCUCCGAGCCCCUUGUCGACACUGUCGACAUUAAGACCGUCGUCACUGACCCCGUCAACAUCUUGACUCUCGACCUUUACACCUGCACCACUGCCGAUUUGGCUUUCAAGUCCAACUUCCAGCUCGUCGCCCGGCGCAAUGACUUCAUCCACGCCCUUGUCGCCUGGUUCGACAUUGAAUUCACCGCCUGCCACAAGCCCAUCUGCUUCUCGACCGGCCCCCACACCCAGUACACUCACUGGAAGCAGACCGUCUUCUACCUCAAGGACGUCCUUACCGUCAAGCAGGGUGAGAAGGUUCAGUGCUCGCUCCACAACCGCCCCAACGAGAAGAACAAGCGCGAUCUCGACAUCACCGUCGACUACAAGUUCGAGAACGAGGACCCUACGAAGGCGGCUGAGGGCAGGUGCUUGUACAAGAUGUGCUAG